AUGAACACCUCGACAUCUUUCGAAGAGCUUUUGGCUCUGCAAACACAGAAGAUGAGUUUCGUAUCACGGGCGCUCAUCAAUUACAAGAAGCUGGGGCAAGCCAAAAUGACACCUGCGGUGACACGUCAACGUCUCGUCACCUUGAAGGAAGCCUUUGCCACUUGCCAGGAGCUCGACAGUCGAAUCGGGCUUCAUGCGGACGAUGACGACAAAGCAUCGCAUACCUACUUCACAAAGAAUUCGUUUCUGGAAUGUGAGGACUGCUACAACGAGGCUGCCGACUACAUGGCUGAGGUAUUAGAGAGCUACGAAUCCCGCAUCCCUCCCGCUACAUCAUCACAAAACCUUCGCGACCAAACAAACAAAGCAAUCCAAGCGCUUAGAAAUCUCAACCGUCCUGUCGAACAUUGGGAUGAUUUGCUUGUUUUGCUCGUCGCACAAAAACUCGAUAAAUACUCGCGUAAAGCUUGGGAACUCAAGCUCGGCGAUACGGUGGAAUAUCCGCGUUAUAAUGAGCUCGAUCAAUUUCUUGAGUCUCGAAUUCGCGCUCUCGAGGCGAUCGUACCACUUUCUAAAGAAAAGCCAUCCUCUACCUCUAAAGGAAAAAUUCUUGUGUCGCAUACCGCGUCCACCGUUUCGUUCGCAUGUCCGUUGUGCAAGGCCAAUCACUUAUUAUACCAAUGUUCGACAUUUUUAAAGCAAACACCCUCUCAACGUUUCGAUUUUAUUAAGCAGCGAAAACGAUGUUUAAACUGUUUUAGUAGUAAGCAUUCCGUCAAAGAUUGUUCGAAUUCGCGCGUAUGCCGCCAGUGUAAUAAACGUCAUCACACGUUAUUACAUUUCGAUAAUUCGACUCCGCCGGUGCAAACGGAGUCACCGCCAGCAACAAGCGCAAAUGUAAACGAAGUCAUGUCGCAUUUACUAUCGAAAACCGUCGCGCCUAAUUCUAAUAUUUUGCUUGCGACUGCCCGGGUGAGAGUCUAUUCGCCUGUUGGACGUUUUAUAACUGCACGCGCACUUCUGGAUCAAGGUUCCGUUUCUACGUUUAUUACCGAAUCGCUCGCGCAACGUUUACGACUCUCUAAAAUAAAUCGUUCAAUGUUCGUCACCGGCAUCAGCGAGAUGCAAUCCGUUGUCCGUCACGCCGCUCAUCUUACAAUUACGCCGGCGAAUCGCGACGAACCCGCUUAUUCAACGACCGCACUCAUUCUUCGAUCGUUGACAAAAUAUGUACCGAAUCGAAUAAGCACGACGGGUACGUGGAACCAUGUCGACGGACUCCAAUUAGCGGAUAGUGACCCCAUGAGUACCGACCCGAUUGAUAUAAUAAUCGGAGCGGAUUUAUACGGCAUGCUCGUACUCGAUGGUGUUCGACAAGGUUCCGAAACGGAGCCCACCGCGCAAAAUACUACUCUCGGUUGGAUUUUGUCCGGGCCAAUCGCUUCGUCCCCGACCAAUCUUUCGAUUUCGGAGACCGCGCAUCACGGAGUCGUCCUUGAAGCCUUAGAUUUCGACCUUCGUCGUUUCUGGGAGACUGAAGAGGUCCCUCCGACCCAACACCAUAGCCCUGACGAGCGCAAGUGUGAAGAGCACUUCCUCGCUACCCAUUCCCGCACUCCUCAAGGACGCUAUAUUGUUAGAUUACCGUUUAAAACCGGACCACCACUCUCGUUAGGAGAAUCUCGCUUCAUUGCCGAAUCGUGCCUCUAUCGCUUAGAGCAACGUUUCAAACGCAAUCCAUCUAUCGCUUCAGAAUACCACGACUUUCUCACGGAAUACGAAAACCUUGGUCAUAUGAUCAAAAUUCCACCGACAGAAAUUGUACAACCGGAUCAAAGUUAUUACAUACCGCAUCAUGCUGUCUUACGUGACAGUAGUGCAACUACUCGACUGCGGGUUGUUUUUAAUGCAUCCUGCCGUACCACUAACGGAACCUCGUUAAACGAUAAUUUGUUUAUCGGACCUAAACUUCAAAAGGAUUUGGCCGCUGUCAUAAUGCAGUGGCGCCAAUAUCGUUACGUAUUUACCGCCGAUAUCGCCAAAAUGUAUCGUCAAAUUUUAGUUGACUUCCGCGAUACUGAUUACCAGCGCAUUCUAUGGCGCUCUUCUCCCAGCGAACCUGUUCGCGACUACCGUCUUCUUACUGUGACGUACGGCACUGCCGCCGCUCCGUAUCUCGCUCUUCGAGUGCUAGACCAACUCGCUGAAGAUGACGGUGCUCAAUUUCCGUUGGCCGUCCCUGUUCUACGUCAUCAAACAUACGUUGAUGAUUGCGCGUUCGGAGCCGACGAUCAUAUCCUUGCACGACAAACACGAGACCAAUUAAUCGCGCUUCUCGCUAAAGGAGGCUUUCGCCUACGAAAGUGGGCAAGUAAUUCUCCAGAUCUUUUGUCAGACCUCGAUCCUGCCGAUCAUGGACUAGCCACUCACAAAGUCCUCCAAGACGAUGAACACCUUAAAGUGUUAGGAGUUAGUUGGAAUCCAAAGCUCGAUGCGUUUCAACUUCGCGUAUCUCUCCCGUCUUCGCCGGGAAAAACGAAAAGAGCUAUUCUCUCGACAAUCGCUGGGUUUUUCGAUCCGAUGGGAUGGGCCGCUCCCGUCAUCAUCGGUGCAAAGAUCUUUAUGCAACGAUUGUGGUCGAUCCAAUGUCAGUGGGACGACGACAUUCCGGGUGAACAUUUCGACCACUGGGCAACUUAUCAUCACCAACUACCGCAUCUCGAGACGCUCAGUAUUCCGCGUUGGACGACGCACGGAUCUCAUACUCUGCACAGCGCACUCCAUGGCUUUUCCGAUGCCUCAACUAUGGCUUUCGCAGCCGUUGUUUACCUUUGCGUUGUUAAUGUCGACGGCUCAAUUAACAUCUCUCUUCUCAUCGCAAAAUCGAAAGUGGCUCCCCUCAAGACGAUAAGCGUUCCCCGAUUGGAAUUGUCGGCGGCGCUCCUUCUCGCUCGGUUAGUUAAUUAUGUGCGGUCCGCUCUUCAACUUCCGAGUAUGGAAUGUCACUGUUGGACCGACUCAACCAUCACACUCGCUUGGCUAAGUCAAUCUCCAUCUCGAUGGAAAACUUUCGUUGCCAAUCGCGUUUCGAUCAUUCAGUCCUUGCUGCCUGAAGUUUCUUGGCGUCAUGUUCCAACGCAGGACAAUCCUGCCGAUUGUGCUUCUCGCGGUCUAGCUCCCCAUGCUCUCGCAAAUUAUAAUUUAUGGUGGUCAGGUCCUUCAUGGCUUUGCCAAUCUCCAGAAUCCUGGCCGACUUGCGAGCUCUCGAUACCAGCCGAGACCGCCCUUGAACAGCGUUCUCAACCACCUAUUCAUUCUUUACAUGUAACCCCUAGUUGGGAUCUCGCAUCACGUUAUUCUUCGUGGCCUCGAUUGCUCCGAAUUACCGCUUAUCUUUACCGUUUUCUUUAUCGACUCCGAUCCUCUAAAAGCGCAUCGUGUUCACAAGCGAUCCUCCAUCUCGAAGAGAUCCAGAAAGCCAAACAUUACUGGCUCCGAGUUAUGCAAUCCGAGAUGUUUUCCGUUGAAAUCUCGACUUUACAACGGCAACUUCCGUUACAAAAAACUAGUUCCUUAUCCACACUCAAUCCUUAUUUAGACGCUGACGGACUUCUUCGCAUCAGAGGACGGCUCCGUCAUGCUUGCCUUUCAGAAACGACGAAGAAUCCGCUCGUAUUACGAGCACAUCCAUUGCUAGUUCUUAUUAUUCAGCAUCAUCAUCUCAGAACGUUACAUGCUGGUCCCCAAUUAACACUCGCUUCAUUACGUAACGAAUUUUGGAUCCUCCGAUCUCGCGCUACCGUUCGUGCUGUUCUGUAUCAGUGCGUACAAUGCACUCGUGAGCGCGCUAAAAAACCGGUCGAACUCAUGGGCGAUCUACCGGAGGCGAGAGUUAACCGUGCCGCUCGCGCAUUUAUACAUACUGGCGUUGAUUACGCUGGAUCAAUCACUGUCCGAACCGCGCCCGGCCGAGGACACAAAUCGCAAAAGGCUUACAUUGCGCUGUUCAUAUGUUUAACGACCAAGGCUAUGCAUUUAGAACUUGUUUCCGAUUACAGCUCGCCGACCUUUAUUGCAGCGUACCAGCGAUUUGUCUCCCGCCGAGGACUACCGCAGUCCAUGUACUCAGACAACGGUACAACCUUUCAUGGCGCUAAUCGAGAAUUAUCCGAAGCUCACGCGAAAGCAAUUCGCGAUCCAAGCUUUCGUAAUCGUCUCGCUGGCGAUGGAACUGCGUGGCAAUUCCUCCCCCCGGCCGCACCACAUUUCGGCGGACUGUGGGAAGCCGGUGUCAAGAGCGUCAAAUACCACAUAAAGCGUUGCAUCGGCCUCCAUACAUUAACUUUUGAAGAAAUGACCACGUUUCUUUGUCGCAUUGAAGCUUGCUUGAAUUCUCGUCCGAUCGCUCCCGUCUCCGAUAAUCCUGACGAUUAUCACGCGUUAACGCCUGGUCAUUUCUUGAUCGGUACCUCUCUUCUCGCUCCCGCCGAACCAAGCGUGCUUGAAUUUAACGAGAAUCGAUUGUCGCGUUGGCAAAUGAUUCAACGUCUGACGGAAGAGUUUUGGCGGUCCUGGUCAAGCGAUUACUUGCAUUCUCUUCAACAACGCCCAAAAUGGCGCGUUAUCCAGCGACUUGCUAAAGUUGGCCAAAUAGUCCUAGUGCGUAAUCCCUUGGCUCCGCUAAGCCAUUGGGAUCUUGGACGAAUUGUCGCCUGUCAUCCAGGAGAAGAUGGCCUGACGCGCGUUGUCACGGUCAAAACCUCCCGUUCUGAAUAUAAACGACCGAUCGUGAAACUAUGCUUCUUACCUGUUGCGAUUAAUACCGAAGAAAUAUGUGAUUUUUGAUUAAGAAUCAUAAAUGUAAAUGCACGAUUUCCGGGAAGCUCACAUGAUGUAUACAUCUGGAAUAAUUCAAAUGCUAGACAACUAGCGGAACAAAUAUAUGUAAGAUAUGGGAGAAAUACUUUCUGUUUGCUCGGUGAUUCAGGAUACCCUUUACGACCAUGGAUGCUAACACCUAUUGCUAACGCACAGCCGAUGACCCCAGAAGCUCGUGAACGACAAAUGUCGUGCCGUUCGUUGAUUGAAAGGUGUAAUGGCCUUUUAAAAAUGAGAUUUCGUUGUUGCCUAAAGCAUCGAGUAUUACACUAUUCUUUAGUUAUAGCUUUUAAAAUAAUCAACACCUGUGUUGUUCUCCAUAAUAUGUGCAUAGCACAUAAUGUACCAGAUCCGUUACCGGAAGAAGGGGAUGAUCUAUUAGAUUUUGGAAUGUAUGUUGAUGACUGCGAUAUUAUUCCAGAAAUAAGAAAUGCACGUAGGGUCAAUCCGGAUUUAGCAGCGGGCCGAUUAGUCCAAAAUCAAAUAAUUAGAAACUAUUUUACUUGA